AAUUGUGACAAGUCAAAUGGUGCACAGGCACGCCAUUGUUGUGUUCGCCAGUGUGAUCCUUGCAGGUACUUUAAAUAGGCAAACGCAAGAAGAAUUCUAGCCAGAAGAGUCUACGCAGACACGGGGAGCCCUGCAUGAAACAUGACUCUAAGGACAAUGGCUGUGGCGUCUCUAAUUCUUGCAACAAUUUGGUCAUCGAUUCACGGACAAGACGAAAACAAUGGAAAUAAGUCCGAAGACCUGCAGGCACAAGCUUCAGAUCUAGGCGAUGGGGACUACGACGUACACAACGGAGAACUGUAUGGAAGGUAUCCUGGUUACUACAGCGGCCUUGGGACUGGUUACAACGCACCCCAGAACGGUCUUGGAACUUCUGGACUCGGAUAUAACGUGGGUUACGGUGGAUUGGGAUUUCCGGGGUUCUAUCCGGGUUACGGUGGUUAUGGAAACUUAGAAGGUUAUGGGGGUAAUGGAAACUUAGGAGGUUAUGGGGGUUAUAGAAACUUAGGAGGUUAUGGGGGUUACUACAACCGCCCUGGUCAAUACCAAUAGACACGUCUAAUGUAUCCUAACUACUGCAGUUGUCAAAGAAGCAGGAGGCUUGUCACGGAACAGGGAGGUUGCCAGACCAUUCUCUGUAAAUUCACUAGUUUAUGAUGGAUAUGGAAUUUUGUGAAAUUCCAUGUUGAUAUUUCUUACGAAAAUACGAGCUGACUUUUACCUGUUUGCUGUAUUUGCACCGCAGAUUGUCAUUCAAGGACAUAAGUGAAUUUUUAAAAAUAUACCAUAUCAAUAUAUUUCCAACAUAUGACUUUUCAAGACACUGAUGAUGUUAUGAUGUAUACGACACUUGUUUAUAUAUUAAACAUUUGUAAUGCACACUGACUGUCAAGUAAUAAAACUGUUUUUAACAAGCCA